AUGAAGAGGAAGAGGUCUAAAAAGCCCAAGAUUGCAUUGCCUGAUUGUAUUUUAUCAAAUAUAUUUUCAAAGUUAGGUUUGAAGGAUUUGGUAAAAACAAGCACACUUUCAAAACAUUGGUGUCAUGAAUGGGCAUUAAGAAUGGACCUUAACUUUGAUCUCCAUAACAUGUUUGACUCUAAUACAGUUCAAGAGUUACCACAAAGUCUUCCGCUCCUUCAAGGGUUUCAAUCUGAAUUUGCCAAAAGAUUGGAUCAAUUCAUGCUGCAUUUUCAAGGCGACAUGAUUAGUUCAAUCCGACUAAGUUUUCCAUUAGGUCCUAAAUACAAUGAUUCCAUUGACAGAAUGAUUACCAAAGGAAUUGCUAAGGGUGCCAAACGUAUUGAAUUGCUCUUCUCAUCUGAAACUAAUGAUCCAAGUCAUUUUUUGCGUCGAAUAGAGCUAUACAAGUUUUCCUUUACUCUCUUAUUGGACACUAACUCUCUCACUUAUCUUCACCUACAAAAUUGCCUCCUAGUAGCACCUCUUGACUUCUCUGGAUUGAAGAAUUUGAGAACUCUUGUGUUGCAACUAGUUCAUGUGCAUCAAAAUCUGCUUCAGGGUUUGUUUUCAAAUUGCAACCAUCUUGUAGACUUCACCCUUGAUCAUUGUGAUUUCAAGUCUGACUUAAAAAUAGUCAGUUCAACAUUGUUUCAUUUGAACAUUGUUAAUUGUGGGAUUCAAAUUGGGAGAGUGAGGAGUAUAGAUAUCAUUGCAUCAAAUCUCUCAUCCAUUGAAUAUUCUUUCAAUUCUAGUUAUCCAAUACACAAAAUGAACAUUCAGGCUCAAAUGUUAUCCAAGUUUAGAUAUAGAGGUAAUCAAAUUUAUGCUUUUGGGUUUUCUGGACUAAAAAAUGUGACAACGAUUGUAUUUGAUGGAAUCCAUCAAAAUCUCCAACAAGAUGUCAUUCGUCUUUUGUUUUCUGAAUGUCUCCAACUCGAGGAUGUCACCUUUAAGAACUGUUGGAUCAUAUAUAAUUUGAAUAUUACUAGUACAAAGUUGCACCAUUUGAAAAUAAUUGAUUGUGACUAUCAAUAUCCAAACCCUAACCACACAGAUGUCGAUGCAUUGAAUCUCUCAUCAUUUGAAUACAGUGGUCAUACGACGGUUGGGUUUAAUGUUAAGGCUCCAAUGUUAUUGAAGCUUUUUUGGAAUGCAGCUAAAAGAGAAAAAAAUCAGCAUCCCUUUGGUCCAAUUGCAAGAUUACUACAUAUUGAGAAUUUAUCUAUGAUUAUGAGCACUUCACAGGUGGUGAAAUUAAAACAAGUCUUGGUUCAAUUUCAAAAUCUUAGACGACUGGAGUUAUUUAUCGAGGGAGCAUAUGAUCCUAAUAUGGAUUACUUUUGGAUUUUAGAUAUUGCAAUGGCUUCUAAGCAUCUCCAAAAACUUUCUCUUACAAUUAGAAAUCUACAUUUGGAAAAUUCACACAUGGGUGGAUUUAAGAGGCAAAGAAGAAAUCAUGCAAAAUUUUGUCAUAAUGAGUUGAAAUAUGUAGACUUUCGUGGUUGUGUUUGCUCCAUAAAUAUAAUUGAGUUAGCUAGUCAGCUAUUGAGGAAAGCAAAUUCUCUUAAGCAAAUUACUUUUGGUUCUAGUGACAAAUUCUAUACAGGAGCUGGUGGAUGGACUAAUGACUCUAAUGGUUGUUGUCGGUUUGAACGGAAUCUAAUUCAUAAGAUGCUUAAAGAUGAAGUACAUGAACAAUGUCAACUUAUAAUUUUCUAA